AAUGAACAUCUAUCUCAGCAUCAACACUCGUUUCGCAACAACACACUGCUGCCGAGAUCACUCACUCAUUCUAGAUUCGGCUUUCGCUUGGAAGAGACACACCACACCGGUAGUACUGGGGUUCUAUCACCAUGAGCUCCCAUGCAAAAAAUUCCUUCCGUCGAAGGACCAGUAGCGUCCGCGAGGAUUGCCUGGGAAGCAGCCAUUCUCAUCACCAUCACCACGAGAAGAAUGUUGAUAGCAUGACAUUUGUGGAUGACGAAUCGGACGUCUGGAGGGCUCAUUACGCAUUAGAUCAUUAUCAGCACCGAGGCAAUCUAUUUUGGAAUGCCGGCAAGCACAAAACUUUGAUUCAAUACCUCCUCAUUGGGGCCGUGGGCGUGGUGCAAGCGAUCGUGGCCUAUGGUACCAACCUAACCAGUGCUCAUAUUAUCGAAUACAAGUACACGCAAGUCUACGGGAGGCUGGCAGAGUCAUCUGGCUUCGUGGACGUGUUUUUGGCGUAUCUGUUCUUCACCUUCUACCAGCUCGCAUUUGCCAUGGCAGCUUCUCUCUUUGUCUGGAUUGAACCUGUGAGCGCUGGAUCUGGAAUUCCAGAGGUCAAAAUCUUUUUGAACGGAAUUGACCUGCCUCGAGUGGUCGAUCCAAAGACCUUAGUCUGCAAGGUUCUUGGUGUAAUCUGUAGUGUUUCCGCAGGAUUGCCAGUGGGAAAAGAAGGACCCAUGGUACACAGUGGCGCUGUGGUGGCCAACACCAUUUCCAAACAUGAAACCCGAGAUGACAAGCAAGUGAGAGAUUUCGUCACCUGUGGUGCGGCCGCUGGAGUGUGCACCGCCUUUUCUUCUCCCAUUGGUGGGAUUCUUUUCGCUCUCGAAGAAGGUGCCAGUUACUGGGCUCCCUCCCUCACGUGGAAGGCCUUUUCCUGCAGCAUGGUCGCCUUGGCUACUCUGUAUUGUCUUAACACAGUCGGAUCGGCCUUUGGUAAAGUUGGUUUCAACAGACUCUUCUCGUUUGGCAACUUUGUCUUCGAAGAGGAAUCCAGCUUUGCCGUGUUUGAACUGGCUCUCUUUGUCGCCAUUGGUGCCAUGGGAGGCAUUAUCGGAGCUGUUUUCAAUGAUACCAAUGAACGCAUAACCAAGUGGAGGCUAAAAAAUGUCAACCAUUCCAAGAAGCGUAGAGUACUGGAAGUGCUCGUUGUAUCGGUCUUGGUAUCAACAGUAUCUUUCUUGCUACCCUUACUGUGGAGAGAAUGCAAAGCAUUGCCGUCUACUGAGGGAAUGGACACGAGUCAGCUGGAGCUGCGUGGUUCACUGGUUGCCUUCACAUGUGCUGAUGACGAGUAUAACGAAGUGGCGUCUCUCAUCCUCACGGACCCUGGCGACGCCAUUCGCCAGCUCUUCCACCUACACAAACAUGUCUUUGGAUCGGGAGCACUCAUGCUGUUCUUUCUAUCCUACAUCUCGUUGGCGGUUGUGACCUACGGGAUCGGGGUUCCUAGCGGAUUAUUUGUUCCUUCGCUUCUGAGUGGAGCCGCCUUUGGUAGGCUCUUUGGAAACAUGGCCAGUGCUUACUUCCCUCAGCUGGCUUUCAGCAACACAUAUUCUUUGAUUGGUGCUGCCGCUGUACUCGGCGGGAUGGCGAGAAUGACUAUUAGUCUGACUGUCAUCCUAUUGGAGUGCAUUGGAAACGGCCAGUAUGUAUUGCCUCUGAUGCUUACUCUCAUGACGGCGAAGACGGUUGGGUCCUUCUGGAAUUCCGAUCUCUAUCAUAUCCAUAUUCACUUCAAAAAGGGCGUCAACUUCUUGCAAGCCGAGCUGGAGUCUGUGAGUCGCCACCACAAGCUCAAUGCAGGACACAUUAUGAGCGAUGAUGUCAUCUUUGUGCGACCAGUGGAGAAGGUGUCCGUUGUUUAUGACAUUCUAAAAUCCAGCAACCACAGCAAUUUCCCAGUGGUAGACGAUGGUCUACUUUAUGGAACGAUUGGGCGCAAUGCGUUGUGUACUUUGCUGAAGCAACGCGCUUAUGGGAAGCCAAUUGUGGUGGACGAAUACUCAGUAACAGAGCAUCGCGAUCAUCGUAACCACGACUCUGUCAGGGUUCAUAACUAUGUUACGGUGGAGGGAGGAGGCGGAGAGGAUGACGAAGGAGAGAAAUUCUUACCCUUGACGCAGUGGGAAGUCAUUGAGCAAUCCUAUCCCAAGUACCCAAGCAUUGGCGAUGUUCGCAUCUCAUACGCAGACAAAGAUUGCAUGCUGGAUCUCCGACCUUUUACCAACUGUGCUCCUAUCUCGGUCCGCGAAUCGGCUUCAGUGACUCGAACCUAUGAAAUCUUUCGUAGCCUCGGAUGUCGCUUCCUACCUGUGACGAACCUUCACAACCAGAUUGUUGGAACCAUCACCCGAAAGGACCUGACACCGGAUGCACUGGCAGAAAAGAUGAUUGGAAAAGGCGCUAGGAAGGCGGCCCAUUGAGAAUGGCAAAGAAGAGAGUUAGCGUAUUGUACUGUACCGGUACCUCGUAGUAAUUGGUCUCACUAUUCAUUUAAUUAAUGCGCAGGA